AGAGAAGUAGGAAGACUUCCCUGUGGCCAAUAAUUCAUUCCUCUUUGGAAACAGUUAAAGGAAAACACCGUCUCCUGUAUCGACAUGUCUACAGCGUACAGAAACAGGAUACAAGAGUUCAAAGUUGCCUUGGCUGAAGAAAAAAUCAACUUGAAGACACUGAGGGAGCUGUGCUUCAAUGGAAUCCCUUUUGAAGGAGGCAUACGAGCGCUCUGCUGGAAGAUCCUUCUUAAUUACCUACCUGCUGAUCAGACCCAGUGGGAGUCUUUCCUGAAAAAGCAAAGGGAGGUGUACUCCCAGUUCCUGAAGGAGAUGAUCAUCCAGCCCGGCAUUGCCAACGCCAACCUGGGCCUUUCCAGAGAAGACGUGACGAUGGAGGAUCACCCUCUGAAUCCAAACCCUGACAGCAGGUGGAACACCUACUUUAAAGAUAAUGAAAUUCUGCUGCAGAUCGACAAAGACGUGAGGCGGCUGUACCCGGACAUGGCGUUCUUCCAGCGCCCCACAGAGUACCCCUGUCAGCUGAUCCUGGACCCUCAGAACGACUACGAGACGCUGCGUCGCCGAGUGGAGCAGACGACGCUGAAGGCACAAACGGUGAACUGCAACCGCAGCGGGGUCACUAAUGUGAGUUCACCUGGAAAGGCGCUGAACCUGUAUCCGUCUAAUGAGUAUGAGGUGCUGCCCAAUGGCAGUGAGGCCCACUGGGAGGUGGUAGAGCGGAUCCUCUUCAUUUAUGCCAAACUGAACCCUGGCAUCGCCUACGUCCAGGGCAUGAAUGAGAUUGUGGGGCCAAUUUACUACACGUUUGCCACAGAUCCCAACAGCGAGUGGAAAGAGCACGCUGAGGCAGACACCUUCUUCUGUUUCACCAAUCUGAUGUCGGAGAACAGAGAUAACUUCAUCAAGAGCCUGGACGACUCUCAGUGUGGCAUUACCUACAAGAUGGAGAGCGUGUACUCCAUGCUCAAAGACAAAGACAUGGAGCUAUAUCUUAAGCUGGAAGAGCAGAACAUCAAACCACAAUAUUUCACCUUCCGCUGGCUCACCCUGUUGUUAUCUCAGGAGUUCCUCCUGCCAGAUGUCAUCCGCAUCUGGGACACACUUUUUUCUGACCAGGACAGAUUCCAUUUCCUCAUCCUGGUCUGCUGCGCCAUGCUCAUACUCAUCCGGGAUAACUUAUUGGCUGGUGAUUUCACAGUGAACAUGAGAUUACUGCAGGAUUACCCCAUCUCAGACGUCCACACCAUCCUGACCAAAGCCAAAGAGCUGCAGGAUACGUCCUAACCUGGUCCUCGUCCUCCCGCCUUCUCUGGUCACGUGUGGUAGGUGCGAGUCAAAAACAAAAAGGAAAAAAAAAAAACAACAAAAAAACAUUUGUCAUGUCAAAUGUGUUGUGGAUGGACCUGACCAAUGAAGAGUCUGCACAGAUGUUUGGGACCGCGUGCAAAACUUGGGAGGACAUGCUGAAACUUCCUCGAAAUGAGUGGAGGAUGGAGGGGUGCCAUGUGUCAUAAUGCAUUAUGGGAAAAGGCUCCCUUGGUACGUGCCUGUCCUGCUUUCUCAGCCAUCUCUCCCGUGGAGACAAAUGAACGUCUGUAGGGAGGCGGGGCCACAGUAAUCCUACACUACCAAUCGUAACCAGAUGUGUUCAACGAAGGAGCCAAGAAUUCAAAGGAAACUCCCACUGCGAUCACGUAUGUAGUCCGAUUGAGUUUAACUGUGUUGAGCAGUAUGUGCAUGUUUGUUCUUCUAAAAAAAAAAAGUUAAUUUUCAAUUAUUUUUGCUGAUGAUAAGAAACAUGUAUGCCUUAUCUUUUGAAGGAUGUGAAAUGGGAGAUGGCAUUUCUGUGUAUAUUUUCACUCUGACAUCAGAAACAUGAAGCGAUAGGUUCCGCCUGUUAUCAUCUCAGCAAUGCUUUCUAACCUUUUGGAGAAUCACAGCAGAAGGAAACUGCUGUUGAAAGAACGGUGUUGUUUUUUCACACUGAACAUUAUUUUCACAGCAGUUUUUUUUUUCCUCUAGCCCAAAGAAGCAAGUCUCACAACUACAUUGGGACCAAUGUGCACUUAAUUUUAAUAGUAAUGAAAUAUUAACAGUAUGGGUUAGUGAUGUUCUUAAUUUCUGAUCAGCAAUCAGUCCAGCUUCUGGAAAUUGCCAAUUUAGUGUCAUCGACCAAUCGGAGGAAAUGUGUGAGGAGCUAAAACAGCUCGUUUGAGACAGAAGGAUUAACCGAGGGGCUUUAUCAAAGCCCAGUGUAAGAUAAAGAAGGAUUAUUCUUAUCUAUGAAUCAUGCACAGUUGCUCAAGUAACUUAAAAUGAAAAGAGGGCGUUUUUUUUGUUUGUUUGAUGUUUUUGGAUAGUAAGGAAUUAUCUUUACAUUGCAAUGCAUCAACCAAACAGCUGCCUUUUAGGCAAACUUCAAAUUUGAAAUUUGAAGACAUUUUCUCAAAGUUGGCAUGAAACACUUCUUUUCUACUCUUCUUUGCUACAGAGUGCAGUUGUUCAGUCAGAAAGGAGGCUUGGCUGUUUAUACCAAAAUAAAAGCCUUGCUAAAUUUAAGUUAAUCACUUUUGGUUUAGACUGAUGAUGUUCAGUGUGAAAACGGCAUCGUGGCUCAUUGCACUUUUCUCUUCUGAUGUGCACGUCUGUGUCCAGCCUUGAGCUUGUAACACGUCAGUGAGGAGAAUCGAUGCAGAAUCAGAAAAGAAGCGAUCUGUUGAAGCUUAUUGAGUGAUAACGCUCAUAUGAAGGCACUCUGUGUGGAUAUUUGAUCUGAACACGGAUGAAAAGAGGUCAUUCUAACUCUAAGAAUUUGUAAUGUAGCCCUACAUGCACAGGCCUAGCAGGCACCAGGGCCAUUCAAGCGCAGUGUUUAUCAUCUUUACAAACACUUCUCAGAAGUUGGUUUGGGCAUUAAAUAAUCUAAGCUUUCCCUGUCUGCUUUUUAUUUUCUGCUUCUUAAAAUUAAACCUAAUCUUACACACUAUAGAAACAUUACUUUUCUUCAUUUACUUUUACCUACAGUCUGUAACAGUGCUGAACUUUGAGGAAGUGUUAAGUUGCUCUUUCACUUAAACUGAAAAGAUUAUUCUUGCUCAACUUAUCAUAAUGAAUCAAAGUGGACCUGUUCUUCUUUUCCUGUUUCCUGUCUCAUAGUUCCUGCUCCAGUGGUGGAUGUUCAUAUUAAACACGGCCAAAGUUUCAAAUAACGAGGUCAGUGUUUGUACAGUUAGUCCCUCUGACACCAAAGCUCAGGCUGCAAAAUGCUCCAGACACUCAUUUUUUUCUACUUUUGGACUUGCAUGAAGUCACAGAGAAGGGACGUCCCUAAUACAGUGAUGUUAAGCACAGACGACCCACACACUUCAGUUGACAAGGGGCAGGCAGUCAGAAGAAAGUUGGCUUAAAGGGGGAGGAGCUAAAAUGGCUAGCUUGAGAUCUAAAGGUCUGCUCCAAGGCUCCGUGUAAAAUAAAGAAGUAUUAUUUUGAACUGUGAAUUAUGUAAAGCUCCUCUUGUAGAGUUCAGGAAAAAACUGGAGCUGGAAUUUAGAACAAUGCAUCCACUUAAAUCUAAAACCAGUAAAUCUCAGAACCUGAGAAAUGGCUGUUUUGUUUUAGUUUUAGUGAUCGCUUUUAACUGUCAGACUUAAUAUAACACUAACUGUUAAUCUAACAAUAGCUUCAUAUGGGAAUAUGUAGGUAAAAAUUAAUGAAUUACACAUAAACUGCUUUAACACUUUGAGAUAAAGUCAACAUUUGUGAGAAAAAGGUGAUGAGGUGAAUCCAGAUAUAAAGUUUUUUCUGAUGGAAAAAAAACACAAAUUUUCUUGCAAAAUUAUGACUUUAAAACGUCAUUUUGGCUUUAAAAAAAACUUCAUUAAUGCUGAACUUUUUUUUUCUUUAAAUAUCACUCUUCUUACCUUCUUUAAACCUGCAAUGACCCAUAAAUUCUGCUGUAAAAGUGAUCUAAGGGUGUUUUCACACCAACGCUGUUUAGUCUGUUUAAAUCGAGGAUGUGUGAACAUGGUGAUCACAGCAAAUCAACCACACCGAGACCCUUUGGAGGUGGUGGUCACGGUGCGGUUCCAAAUGAAUUCCAGAGUGGUUCGUUUAUGGUGGGAGCGUGAUCCAACCCCGAUCUAAACCAACUACCAGGUCUACGCUACAAGUCUGAGCUAAAAAACGUCCAAGAGUAACAUAUGGUUGGAGUCACAGUACAGACACAUCUGGUCGCUGAGUGGACCGAACAGUUCACUUGUAUUCAUCUCUGUGUGAAAACAGACCAAAGCACAGGGAAAAGCUACAAGUUUACAAACUCAUCACUUAUUUAGACCAGAUUAAACGAACAAUAGGUGUAAAAUCCCCUAAACUAACAAUAGAAAUCAAUAUUUAGUCAAGCUGGAGAUGAUACGUCGCACUUUAAAUGAAAUGACAGAUCUCCCAAAAUCUGUAUUUUCAGAUUGUCUCAAGUAAUCUGAGCUGUUUUUGUUUUUUUUAUUAACCUCCUAAGACACGAACUCUUCCACGACAUGCAUUUUUAAUUUCUCUUUGAUAUUUGGGCAUAUUGGGGCCCGAUGAAUGUAAAAACAAAGAAUUACCAGAUUUUUUUUUUUCCCAACCUUAUUUUUGUUUUUAAGAAAAAUAAGAGCCACAUAUGAGGAUAUUCGUUUAAAAUUUUGAUAGAACAGUAGCAGUAUAAUGUCCUCGUAAGUGGAUAUCAGGCCCAUAUAGAGCAAAAUUGAGUAUUUUAGUCUAAAUAACCCAAAAUGUGAUGUCCACAUAUGUGGACGCCAGGUCCUAGGAGGUUAAGGAAAACUGGAAUCAUUUUUUUCUGUACAAUAAUUUCAGUUUAUUUAAUGAAGCUGUGCAAAAUAUUAGGCUGGAAAAACACAUUUGAGCUCUGUUUUAAAAACUGCAACCAAAUCAGUAUUAGACCCAGGUUUCAUAAUGUGAAGCCACAAUCAGAUAUUUAGUCAGCAAGAUUUUUUUUUCUAAUCUUUCCUGACAAUAAACUACAGAAAACUUCAAAAAGUGCAGUUUGGGUAAAACUUUCAAGGCUCAUAUGAGACCAUGUGAGAUAUAUGGCUGCUUAAAACAAGUGAUAACAUAUAACCGGCCUCCUUUCUACCUGCACUUUGAUACCAGGGUUGUCCUCCAGCUGUGACUCCAGCUGUUUAAAUGUGUUUUUCAACCACAAAAAUAUUUAGAUCUCAGAAAUCCUGGAAAGAUUAAAUAAAUAAAAAAGCACCAAAUUUCAUCCCAGUUAAUGUCCUGUUACUGUACAAACAGCCAUGGUGUUAAGAUAAAAUUAUAAGUAGCUUCAAUAAAUGCACUGGCGUUAUUGUACAAACAAAAAUGCACUGAUUCUGAGGAGGUCUGCUUGGAACUUUUCUCAUAUUUUGCUGAUUUUACACAACAAAUCUUCCUCACUUCUUGUUGUACUUUCUAACGUCUUACUGUCCAUUGAGUAGUUAAGGGUUCGGUCAGAUCUUCCUUUUCUGUUUUAUCUUAUAACAGACGAACGUUGAGGCCAAAAUUGCUUUAAGAGAGUUGACUUGAGAGGCCCACGUGCUGAAACCAUGUUUGUUAACAUGCUUAAAAUGCAACAUCACUGUGACUGAUAUGAGGUUAAAGAUCAGUAAUCACGUUAAAAAUCUGAGAUUAGUUUUUCCCCCAAAUAAUCACAAUUAUGAUUUUUACCAUAAAUAGCCCUGCCACAGCUACACAGGUUGUUCAUAUUUCUGCUGACACUGUUAAAUCGAUCUUUCAUGUUUCUGACUCCGCGAGGAACAAACGCACAACUACACUAAUCUUUGUUUCCUGACAACCUGCAGCUGAAGUAAAAUCUGCUGUUUUUGGUUUUUUUGCAUCUCAAGAAAAAGCCGGCAUGAAAAUUAAAGUAUUGAAGUGUAUUUUAGUCUCAUUAAACCACUUCUGAACAUCUGGAAUAUUCUGUUCAGUGUGAAAGAGCAAGUUUACGAAGACCAAAAUUAUUCUGUAUUUUUACCAUGUUGGGAUUUUUUUAUUUUUUUAUUUUGAGGGACUGUUACUAGUUAGAUCCACAUGCUCCUCUUUUAAUGUGUAUUUAUUUCCCCUGUGUGUGUGUGCGCGUGUGUGUGUGUGUGCGUGUGUGUGUGUGUGUGUUGAAGGGAGGGGGUGAUGUUCUCUAUACUCUCAAAUGUCUUAUAUCAGUUAUAUGCAUGGAAUGGAUUUUGUAAGAUGAUUUUUGUAAAACGUCUCCAGUGUUAAGACUUGUAAAUACGUUUUUACAUGUUUGCAGACGUGCAUUAAAAUAUUAAAAUGAAC